GCAAAGUCAAAGUUACUCAGUUUACCUAUAAAAAAGCUCACACUUUUUUGUCUCCAUGGCUUCUUCUUCUUCUUGUUUCCUUCGCUCGAUUCUCUUCUCUUCCCCCACCAACUUCCCAUCUCGAUCAGAUUCUCUCUCACCUUUCUUCCCGAAGAAUCUGACUUGUUCUUCCCCUUCUACUCCGUCUCCUUUGUUAUCGGUUUCGUCGAUCGGAAGUGGAUCUAUCAGGAGAGUAGGUGACAGUCGGAGAAAGUUGUCGGGAGUGAGGAGCAUGGCUACCACGGCGUCGCAAACGGGGAAAGAGGAGAAUAAGAAGAGAGUGGAGAUCUUCGACACCGAGGAGAAUCUCGCGAUUGAUUUGGCCAAAUACACAGCGGAUCUCUCCGACAAGUUUUGCAAGGAGAGAGGCGCUUUCACUGUCGUCGUCUCUGGCGGCUCCUUAAUCAAAUCCCUCCGGAAGUUAGUAGAGGUUGAUUCAAUCGAUUGGUCAAGGUGGCACUUCUUCUGGGUGGACGAGAGGGUUGUUCCCAAGCAUCACGAAGACAGCAACUACAAACUUGCUUAUGAUAGUUUCCUCUCCAAGGUUCCUAUCCCUCCUGGCAACGUAUACGCAAUCAACGACUCCCUCUCCGCCGAGGCUGCAGCCGAUGACUACGAGACAUGCCUCAAACACUUGGUCAAAACCAACGUCCUCCGCGUAUCUGACUCAACCGGCUUCCCCAAGUUCGACCUCAUGCUUCUCGGCAUGGGCCCUGACGGCCACGUGGCGUCGCUAUUCCCAGGACACGGUCUCUGCAGCGAGAACGAGAAGUGGGUGGCUUCCAUCACCGACUCUCCAAAGCCUCCGUCUGAGAGAAUCACGUUCACGUUCCCGGUUAUCAACUCCUCUGCGCAUGUGGCUCUAGUGGUCUGCGGUUCUGGGAAAGCCGAGCCUGUGCAGAUGGCUCUGAACAAGACUGGGAGUGUGCCUGCGGGUUCGGUUUCUGCUGAAGAGGAGCUUGUUUGGUUCCUUGAUAAACCAGCUUCUUCGAAGCUCUAGACUUUUAUAACUUGUCAAUGUGAGUAAACUACUCUGGUUUGGUUUGCCUUUUGGGUUGUUUAGUCGAGUGGUUAACUCGCUGGUUAUCUCCAUAUGUUGUGGGAGAGGCUGUUGUAAUAAAAGCAGAAGAUGAUGAGAGGGGUUGAAUGCAAAUCUAAUCUGAACUUGUUUGGAUUCUGCAACCAUUUGAUCUUAUGUUUGAAAACCAUGUUAUUCUCAA